GAUCUCCGAUGCCCAGAUCCCUAUUCUUCAGACUUCAGAGAGAAGUACCCAUGAAAAAUCCGGUCAUUCAGAGGAGUAGCAAGCAUUUCCUAGUCCGCCUCGCGACUCAUAAGGCCUCAAAAUCCAAUCUUUUGCGCAAAGGGCUUUCUCCACCAAACACUUGUUUUUAAUUCAGCUCAGCAUAAAGAAUUCCUAUGAAGUUGGAGGACAAAAAGUUAUGGCUCUUAUUCAAUUUCACCACAGGAUUCUGGGUUUUGUUUUUUCUUGACUGAAUCACUUAGGGCUCUCCACUAAUCCACCGGAACUUACCUGGGUUUCCCAGAAGUAGGAGUUAGGUUUCGAUUCAAUUAUAGAAGAACCCAGGGCUUUGAAUUGAUUGAUUUCAGUGAGCUGAGGAGUUUAGGGUGUUUUUAGUUUUAGGAAAUUGGAUAUGGGAGAGGAGACUGGAAAUACAAUGAACCUUGAUCUUAACUUGGGACCUGUUGAUCAUCCCCAUGAUGAUCAAUUCCUAAGAUCAUCUCCCCCACGCAUUACUUUGGAGGAAUUUAUAGUUUGGGAAAGGCGGCAAAGGAGACAGCGAUGGCGGUCUAUGCAGAGAGAACCCCCUGUCCCACCUGAAACCAGAAAUCUUGCAUUGGAAUUGAUUGGAGGAGGGAGUGGAUCACAAGCUGGCGAGGCGAGUUUUACUUCCGAGGUGCUGAAAACAUGUGAUGAUAGCAAUGGCUAUUUGAACGAUGAGGCUUCGAGGAAGAAGGAAGAAAACGAAAAGGCUAACAGUGAUGAAAUUAGCGUCUUUGAUUGCAAUAUAUGCUUGGAUUUGGCUCAGGAGCCUGUUGUCACUUGUUGUGGGCAUUUAUUUUGUUGGCCUUGUCUCUAUCGGUGGCUAAAUCUUCAUUCAGAUGCGAAGGAAUGUCCGGUUUGUAAAGGGGAAGUGACGAUGAAGACUAUGACUCCAAUCUAUGGCCGUGGGCGUAGUAUAAAAGGAGGAGGAGUUGAAGGAGAUUCCAGUCCUAAGAUUCCUCACAGACCUCAAGCUCGUCGCUUUGAGAGCUGGAGACAAACCAUUCAAAGGACCGCAUUCACCUUUCCCAUGGAAGAAAUGAUUCGGAGGCUUGGCAGUAGAUUUGAUUUGGCCCAAGUCCAGCCUCCUAAUCCCGAAGACUCCCGGGAAUCUCCCGAGAGGCGCAACUCGCUGCUGGCUCGUAUUCUAACCUCGAGGGGAAUGCGUAGAGAACAAAAUCAAAAUCCCGUGCCAACAUCCGAUGAUGCAACAGUUGACCUGACAGAUCCUAGUAACUCCGAUGCGUGGGACAGUGGGCGACUCCCAUCGCUCUUGCGAAGGAUAUCGAAUCCAAAUCGAGAUCGGGAUCGAGCUCCUAGUAUUUCUAGCCUUGCAUCUGCAUUUAGUUCUGCUGAGAGGCUGGUCGAGACAUACUUUCGAACCAACCCCUUCGAAAGAACCCAGGAGCAGCAUCCGCCAGUUGACGACCGAGAUUCUGUAUCGAGUAUCGCUGCCAUGAUUCACUCCGAGUCUCAAACAGUUGACACUACCAUUGAAAUCGACUCCACAGUGUCUCUCACUGCAUCAUCUUCCGGGGGGAGGAGAAAUAACGACGCUGGUAGAGUUGCAGACGUUGAUAGCGGAGAUUCACGCCCGCCCAGGAGGAGGAGGCUAUACUGAUAUCUACACUCUCCUCAUUCAAGUUCAAGGCUUAAGAAUUCGGAAUCCCAUUGCUUUCUUCUUCGUGAUCAUCUGCGGGCUUUGCAAUAGAAUGCACUAUGUGACAUGUUAAUACUGCCUUUUAAAGUGUAAUUUGUGACUUCUGUGGAUCUGUUCUCUUGUUUAUUGCAAUAAGAAGUCAGUAAUAAUCAUAGUAGGAUGGAUU